UUUAAAAAACCAAACACUGAAGAAAGUUUUACACGUACAUGUAGAAGAGGAGCUGCAUACGAUACAGGAGUUGCCGUACUAGUAGUUGUUAGCGGUAGUUGAGCUGGCUGACUAUGAGACAGCAGGAAUUGUCAGGGGAGUCUUCCCUCGGCACCUCCGAGGCCAAUGCUACCACCUCUGAGGCAGAGGCUACCACAGAGACAAUUGAUCAGAACAUGGACCAACUGGUUGCCUCCUUAGCUGACUCGACUGAGAGCACUGGAAGACUAUUGAUGCCACCGGAGCCCCCAGGCGAAGACGAGGACGAGGUUGAGAAUGAUUAUGACUCCACUCAGCGAGUUUCUUUAUCCUCGCUUCUGUGGGAAGACCAGCCUUCUUGGAUUGCCGGUCUUAUUGAUCAAGAUCCCUUCAUGCAUCCAACUCUGUUUCCAUAUCAUAUUCCCACUGGCUUCAGCAUGGCUCAAGAAAGUCGAAGGUACAGUGGAUCCACCAUUGCCACCACGACUACUGAUAAUGUCUCUGAAGACAACAUUAUCAACUCCAACGAAAAGAAGAGACACAUCCAAGAAGCCAUGGAGAGCUUGCGGAUCCAUGAAUUCCUAAAAAGUCUUCAGAUCAGUCUUCUUCGUAGACCAAGACCUACGUUUCGGGUCAGCUUGAAAGCAGUGAAACGCAAGACUCUCAUUGGAAGAAGAAGAGAGGAAGGAAGUAACCAUGGCAACAACAAUCUACAACUAGAAAUUGAUCAGAUUGAUCAAAAACUCCGAGAUUUGCAGCGGAAACAAAAACAAGGCGCUGAUGAUCUUGCUUUCAUGAGACGUUUGGUUACCCAAAUGUAUGAUCAAGCUAGGGAGCUGGAUGAUGCAAAACAGGUACAAAAGGCACUGGAAUACUACCAAAGUAUCAAAGGGACUGGACGAGACGUCCAUUGGGAGGCCCGCGCCUAUCGUCAACUGGGGAAGUCACAAAUCACGAAUGAUGAUCCUAAGGGAGCUGCGAGCUCGUUUCAGAAAGCUCUGCAGAUAUGGAAAGGAUUGGAGCAUGAAGAAGAAGGUGCUGAUGCUGUGGAAGCUACUGCUAGAAACAUAGCAGACACUUUCUAUCUAUUGGGAACCGCAGAGCUCACAGGCUACGAGGCUCUCAUGGCCGCUAAAUCGUUGAAUUUGCGCAGCAUGGAGCGCUCUAGCCACUUCAAGGACAACAGUGAACUGAUGAAAGUGGGAAAAGACCAUCUGGCAGAUGCGAUGGGCUAUCUACAACAGGCGCUCGAUAUUUUCAAACACUAUGUGUCAAGGAGGCGGGUCAUUGACACUACACGAGCCAUUGGAAGGAUCUAUUGCAUCCAAAAUCAAUUUGAUCUUGCCAAUCAGUUUCUCGAAGAGAAUAUGUCAUUCUUGAGAGAAAAGCUUGGGGCUUCGGUUGGCAGUCAAACGGGCCAUGAAUUUGUAGCAGACGUUUUAUUGGAGAUGGGCGACACACUUUGUCAGAAAAGUGACGAAGCACGAGCCAUUGUUUGCUACAAGGACAGUCUGUAUGUGGGUCGACAACAUCUCGGAGAUGGCCACACGGUUGUGGAUGAAGCCCUUGUGGCUCUCGGUGACUUGUAUAGUUACUAUGGUCGGCAAUCAGACCUUGCCAUGGAAUAUUUUCAGCAAGUGGUUGUUGGUGAUUACAACCGCUUCUUUGACAGGCAUGUCACACUCAAGGUUGCCAUUCUCCUGUUUCAAGACAACCAGCCUCUGGCGGCGCUGGCAGAGUUUCAGGAUGUCUUGCAAAUGUGCAGGAAUGCAGAUGCGGCAGACAACAGCAUUUGUUUCACCUGCUUGCUCUCCAGUGCUGUCUGUUACUAUUCCAAUGGGGACAAACAGGAAGCCAAAAAGUGCUACAAGGAAGCUAUACAUAUACUCUCUGAGACUGUUUUGUUUGGUCGCAACAACACUCCAAAGGUGGAGGCGCUGCUUCGUGAGUCUGAAGCGCAACUAUACAUGUCUAAACUGGGCAAGGCUUUUGAUAGCUUGAACCGAAGAGUUCAACGAGUUCAAAGUGGUUUCACCAAUGCAAAGACGGAAGCAUUUCCAAUAUCAAAUCAGUCAGAGCACCAUAGGGUCACCUGGUUCUAUUACCUGCAAAACGACUCCUCUGGCAACCCAGAUGGAUGGUAUGUUUUCCCUACCGAUGCUGGCAAAACAGUGGAAAAAAGAUACCAAGUAUCCGUCUUUGAAGAAGAUCCAGUGUUUUGGCGCUUUACUGUGAAGAACAGGGGCGGGCCCUCCUACGAGAUCAACUUGAAAGCAAUGACACAAACAAACACUAGUAGUCAAAAGACUCGUCCAAUUCACCGAUCCGUAAGCGGAGAAGCCCCUAGUUCGGUGCCGACGGAAGCGUAAUAAGCUAGAUUGGGCGUCAGCGUCGGAUCGCAAGUCUAUCCAGCUAGCUAUAUACAUUGACCUCAUAAGAAAUAGUUUCCAAAGUGACUUGUCACUCAUUAUCUGCUACAGCCAACUUUCUUG